AUUAUCAUCUCUAUGCUUAAUAUAUGUGUCCAUCUAUAUCCUUUCAACAAUUGUGUUGUUCCAUCUUGUGGUGGCCAACUCUUUGCAGUCAUAUAAUACUCCUACUUGCCAUGAUGACGAGAUCUAUGCCUUGCUGCAAUUCAAGCAAAGUUUUGUCAUUAGAAAGUCUGCUUCGGCGGACAAGGGUGCUUAUCCAAAGAUUUCUUCAUGGAAAUCAAACAGCAGUUGUUGCUCAUGGGAUGGCGUAGAGUGUGAUGAGAAGACGGGUCACGUGAUUGGGCUUCAUCUUAGUAGUAGUUGUCUCUAUGGGUCUUUCUGCUCCAACAAUACCUUAUUCAACCUUGUUCAUCUUCAGCAUCUGAACCUCGCUGAUAAUGCCUUCGAUUUGUCUCAAGUUCCUACUAGCAUUAGGAACUUUCCAAGGCUCAGCGGGUAGUCCUGCAGGUCAGGAGGAUCAUGGCGGAGAUCGUGCGGAUUAGAGUAUGGGUUUUAGCUUUACAGCUUUGUAAUUUGUGAGGUGAGUGAUGCUCAGUUGAGCCUUACAAUUUGAUUGGUGAGAGUGUGCUGUAAUAAAUAACUCAAGGAUUUGGUUUAUUGUUUUAAUGAGAGGUGUGAUGUGUGAUUGUUGAGAGAAAAAAAUUAAGGACGUUUAUUGUAUUUAUUAUUAUUCAUGUUUCGGUUUUGAAUUUAUUAUUCAAAAUUCGGGGCGUGACAAUGGAGUGAUUGUGAAACCUAAUAAGAAGAAUCUUCAUUUCCCAAUGCUGCGUAUUCUUGAUUUGUCUUACAAUAAGUUCUCAGGUCAGUUUCCAUUUGAAUACAUUUUUUCUGGAAAUGGAACAACAAGUAUCACUCAUGAUCUGGAGUAUUACUACAUUGAUUCAUUUUCUGGUGAGUAUUACUCAAUCACGAUAAUUUGUAAAGGUGUGGAGAGGUACUACCCAAGAGUUCGAGAGGACUUGAUACUCAUUGACAUCUCAAGCAACAAUUUUGAAGGGCAGAUUCCUGAAUUCAUUGGGAAACUUGAGGGCAUUUGGUCACUCAAUCUCUCCAAUAACAUUCUCACGGGUCACAUCCCAUCAUCCUUGAGCAGCUUAUCAAGGCUUGAGUCGUUGGAUCUUUCACACAACAAGCUCUCUGGUGAGAUUCCUCAGCAACUGGCACAACUUGAUUCUCUCUCAAAGUUCAAUGUCUCUCACAACAAUCUCACAGGCCCUGUACCACGGGGAACCCACUUCACUACAUUUGACAGCACUUCAUAUCUGGGAAACCAAGGAUUGUGCGGAGAUCUAUUGCCCAAGAAAUGUGGAAAUUCUGUGGGCACUCAACUUCCACCUUCAACAUCAGAAGAUAAUGACUUGGGCUCUGGAAUUGAAUUGGAUUGGAAAUUUAUUGUGGCAGGGUCAGGGAGUGGCUUGUUGGUGGGAGUGGUUCUUGCAGACUUUGUGAUUACCAAGUGGAAUGUGUGGUUUAUUAAGAUUGUUGCAGUACUGAUCAUGUUUUCGAAAAGGAUAAGGAAGCCUCGAUCAGUACUGAUCAUGUUGCCAUGAAACAAAGACAAAAAACUGGGGCUUGUUUAUUAAUUGUUCGGUGCUCUUUUUUUUCUGGAGUUUGGUUUGAUGUCCUUGUUGAGUUGUAACUUUUGCAUUCUUUCUCUUUGUACCAUGGGCCGGAAUAUUUUUGAAGGUCCUUGAUGUUGGUUAGUAAUCUUGUGUAAUGUUCCUGGGUGGCUGUGGUCUAGUCCUCCAGCCAGUUUGUAUUCUCUUUUUUUUCUUUAAUAAAUUUUCGA